GGCGGUCCUUUGUGCAUGCCAGAGCAGAGGGUUCAUAUCUUGCUUCAUUGCCGUGAACAACUCCGAACUGCAUCUAAAUCCCUCCUUGAAAACUGCCAGGACGUUAGUGCGCUCAGCGGCAUGGAGGGGACCAAAGGAGAGGAGCGGCAACCGGAGCCGGCAGCUGCUUUAUUCGGGACGUCCGAGCUGGAGAGCCAGAUGAUCAGCACAGUGCGGAGGAAGAAGCGGAAUCAUUGCUGUAAAAUCAUUAUUGGGGUUGCACUGCUGUGCUUACUGAUCGUCAUUGUGAUUGUGGCGAUUUCACUGAAAAAUGGCUCUAAGAGCACGGCAUACCGUACAACAGGUGAAUAUGAGUCACCAGGUGCUCUACCUCCCCAUACCAGCGAAACUUCUCCUCACGGUGAAGAAGGUGAAGAAGGAGGAGGUCUCUGGAAAAAAUUCUCACACGAGAUCGGGGAGGCUAAGUGUCCACCUGGUUUUUCCAAGUCUCCUCUUCUCCUCGUGUCCUUGGACGGUUUCCGAGGAGAGUACCUGAAAGACCACAAGAGUCGGCUGCCCAUCAUCAACAAGCUGCGAAAGGAUGGAACAACAACAUCUUACAUGAGGCCUGUUUAUCCCACAAAGACUUUCCCCAACCACUACUCCAUCGUUACUGGUCUUUAUCCCGAGUCUCAUGGGAUCGUAGACAACAAGAUGUAUGAUGUGACCCGAAACGCCUUUUUCAGCUUGAAAACAGAGGAGAAGUGGAACUCAGAUUGGUACCAGGGAGAACCGGUGUGGCUCACCGCAAUGCGUCAGAAACUAAAAGCAGCCUCUUUUUUCUGGCCAGGUUCCGAUGUCGCUAUUAAUGGAUCAUACCCAAAUAUCUACAAGAUAUAUGACGGGAACAUUAAGUUUGAGAACAGAUUGAAAACUGUGUUCGAGUGGCUGAAUUUACCUAAGCAGGAAAGACCUGACUUUUACACCUUGUACCUGGACGAACCGGACACCACAGGACAUGCUUAUGGCCCAAAAAGUUCACAAGUGGUUGCUGCUUUGGAGAAAAUUGACACAAUUCUGGGCAAUCUCAUGGAUGGUCUUUAUACAAGAGAUCUUCACCAGUGUGUCAACUUAAUGAUCGUAUCUGAUCAUGGAAUGGAGGAGGCUUCCUGUCAAAGGGCAGCCUACGUGUCGACAUACCAGCAAGACACAUCUAACUUCACGGUCAUCCAAGGCCCAGCAGGUCGCAUCCGACCAAAGCGCCUCCCACAGGACUACUUCUCCUUCGACUAUGAGGGCCUGAUAAAGAACCUGUCGUGCAGGGUCCCUGACCAGCCAAUGAGACCCUACCUCAAAGAAAACCUCCCCAAAAGGAUGCACUUUGCCUCCAACAAGCGCAUAGAGAGGGCUCACCUGUACAUGAAGCAGGGCUGGCAGGCAGCGCUUACCAAAAGCGAUGUUAAGUAUUGCACCGGUGGUUUCCAUGGCUCAGACAAUCUCUUCACCAACAUGCAGGCAAUCUUCAUUGGAUAUGGUCCUGGAUUUAAAUCUAAAUACGUUGCACCAACAUUUGAAAACAUUGAAUUAUAUAACCUCAUGUGUGACCUUCUUGGUAUUCGUCCGUCCCCAAACAAUGGUACCCAUGGCAGUCUGAAUCAUCUCCUGAAGCAUCCCGUCCAUCAUCCUGUUCACCCAGCGCAGCUCUCCCAUGAAACCCCCUGUGAGAGCACCAACCUGGUUCCCACAGACAACCUGCACUGCCUCUGUUCGUCUCAGAGCACUGAGAAAGAGACAGAAAUGAACAGAAUUCUUUUAUCAAUAAACUCAGAGACCAAAGCUAAGUUGCGCCGCCUUCAUCAUCCUUUCGGCACCCCUGGUGUCGUCCAGCCGGGGAACAACUUUUGUCUGCUGUUUCAUGCCGACUACCUGAGUGGAUACAGCUGGGACCGCCUCUUGCCGCUCUGGGUGUCGUACACCCUCCAGCCUCUGUCCAGAGUGCGAACCCUGGGCCCAGAUGGGUGUAUUCGAGUCGACUUUCGAGUCCCAUCUUCCUCCGGCCAGCUGUGUAUCCUCUACAGAGAUGAAGCCGCUCUGUCCUAUGGCCUGCUGCAUCCACCCUAUUUGAAUGCCACUGGUUCAGAGACUGACUCUUUAAUCAGCAGUAACAUGGCACCAAUGUACCCUGCAUUUAAAAAGGUUUGGAGCCAUUUCCAUACUUCUAUACUUUUGAAAUAUUCACAAGAGCUGAACGGAGUCAACAUUGUCAGUGGGCCGAUAUUUGAUGCAGACUUUGAUGGAAAUGUAGAUCCAGUCAGUAAAAGCACAGGGAACGACAGUUCAGUGCCAACGCAUUUCUUCUUGAUCAUGACCAGCUGUCGCAACUCAAGCUUGACUCCUGUUAACUGUGAGGGUCCACUUCAGGCCAUAGCCUUCAUCAUGCCCCACAAACCCGACUACUCAGAGUUCUGUGCUGCGGAGUCUGACUUGUCGUGGGUGGAGGAGUGGCUGAGGUUUCACAUCGCACGAGUCCGCGACAUCGAGCUGCUAACAGGACUCAGCUUCUACCAUGGCAGGAUAUCGGUGGAAGAAACGAUACAGCUCAAAACAUUUCUGCAUACUGUUUAAACUCAGAGACUAUGGCUAAAACAACCAAAUACAGCCAGAUCGGUGGGCAUGCAGCUACCUUUUUUUGGAUGGACCAUAAACAGUGGAUAAAAAGUUCUUAUUUCAAACCAAAAUAUUUCUAACUUGAAGGGCAUAUAAUCAUUCCUGUAAUUUAGGCACAAAUCUAUGCAGUGAAUCUUGAUUUAAAGAGUAAAAAUCUUUACCUUCCUCAGACUUUUUGGGAAAAAUAAAAUUGUUUUUUGUCUGGAACAGUUGUUGCCUGUGAAAUAUCAGGAAAACAUUAUCGUAUUGAAUAAAAUCAAAGAAAUCAUGCCAUACUUUAAGAGGUCUAUCCGUCCAAAUUUUGUUUCUGCCUAAUUUAUUAAGUUCUUUAUACCUUUUAAAUUAAAAACAAUUUCUAGCAGUCAAUUAGCUGUUGUAUUUUUUAUAAUUGAAUAACUAAAAAACUAUUUAUAAUUAGCUUUUAUGCUUUUAUUGCCCUCUCUUCCAUUUUCCACACAAAGAGAAAAAGUAAUUUAUGGCUUUAAGAUCAUUUUAAUUGGAUGUAUGUGUUUGCAAUCUCCAGUUUGAGCCACUAGAUGUCACUAAAUCCCCCAUCUGAAAUUCUACAAUAAAUACUGACUAGUUUAAUCACAUUUUAUAUUCAAUAAGUUGCUGAAUUAGAGUGAAAAAUGUGUUUAGCGAAUAUAUUUCAGAAAAUUUAUCUCUGGCGUGAAACACAUUAUAUUGAUUAAUUACACUGAAAAUAAUGUUCACAAGCCUCUAUUUCUGUUAAUUAUGAUGAUUUUCUGUAUACAGCCAAUAAAAAUACAACACUUGAGAUUGAAAUAUCACUUCAGACCAAUAAAACAAACAUUUUCUGUGAGGAAAAUCAAAUGUAAUGUUUGAUAUCUGCUUAAAUGCUACUUUAAUCUGGCAAACAAGCCUCGUCAGAAUGAAUUAGAGUGUAGAUAUCAAUGAUUUUGUUCUCUGUCUGUUCUUGAAUUUCUUUUGUUCAGGGCAUUAUGUGUUGCUAUUUGAGAAUUUUUCCAAUAAUGUGUGUGUGCAUGUGUGUGUACCUUUUCCCCUGUCUCCUCCAUGCAGACUGGAUCAAACCACCAUCAGUCUACCUCCUGGUUCUCUUUCAUUUCUAUGUUAUUUCUGUUUGUUUUUUAAAAGUAAGGCAGUCUGUGCCCAGAAGGAUCCUUUAUCAAUCCAUGUGUGAGUGUUUGCGCAAAGGCGUGUACGUGUGGAUUUAAAUUUGGAAUCACCACACUGUAAUUUCCAACUUAUUGAUUUUGCAUUGAGUUCCUCAAAGUGUCCAUGAUGUGUUUCUUUUCAGUAUUAUCAGAAACAUAGAUAUAAACAAAUCAUUUCAUAUAAAAACAUUCUAUACCAAACUUA